UAGGAUUCAAACGCGGGCGGCGGCCCGGAGCCCCGCAGUUGCUCAGUCGUCUCCGCAUUGCUGUUCCGCUGCCAGCGUCCUCGGAAUGGCCUCGCAAAAUCGCGACCCAGCGGCCGCCAGCGUCGCCGCCGUUCGCAAGGGAGCCGAGCCCAGCGGGGGUGCCGCCCGGGGCCCGGUGGGCAAGAGGCUACAACAGGAGCUGAUGACCCUCAUGAUGUCUGGUGACAAAGGGAUUUCCGCCUUCCCUGAAUCAGACAACCUGUUCAAAUGGGUAGGGACCAUCCAUGGAGCAGCCGGCACAGUAUAUGAAGACCUGAGGUAUAAACUCUCACUCGAGUUCCCCAGUGGCUACCCUUACAACGCACCCACAGUGAAGUUCCUCACACCUUGCUACCACCCCAAUGUAGACACCCAGGGGAACAUCUGCCUGGACAUCCUCAAGGAUAAGUGGUCCGCGCUGUAUGAUGUCAGGACCAUCUUGCUGUCUAUCCAGAGCCUGCUAGGAGAACCCAACAUCGAUAGCCCAUUGAACACACACGCUGCUGAGCUCUGGAAAAACCCCACAGCAUUUAAGAAGUACCUGCAAGAAACCUAUUCAAAGCAGGUCUCCAAUCAAGAGCCCUGACACAAGAUGUCCAGCUUCUCCUUGUGUCAUCUUUUUUCUUAGAUGGUCUGUCCUUUCCUUGAUUUCUACGCUGUGGUGUUAUUUUUGUUUUAUUUGUCUUUUUAACUUAAGUCUGCUUAAGCCCUUCCAAUGUAUAUUAAAUAAAUACAUGUUGAUUGUUUUUGUAUAAGUUA